AUGGCAAAGAUAUACCAUCCGGAUAGCAAUAGCCAUCUUGGAGAAACAGAAAACAAAGUUCGAGCUGACAGGUUUAAAAAACUUGUAGAGGCAUACGAUAUUUUGAAAAAUGAUAACAAACGACUUGCAUAUAAUAACCGAAUGGCAGCAGAGGCAAGAAGCAGGCAUCAUCAUCGAUACUCACCUCAGAGCGCUAGAACGACAAGUAGCAGCUCACACCCACACAUGACCGAUAACUUUUAUACCCGUGGAUUUCAUGAAGGUUACGAAGAUGAAGCCAGUAGACGGAUGAAUGACCAAAAAUUUCAGGAACAGCUCAAGGAAAAUAGAUUCAAGCUGGCAAUUCUAUUAGGAAUUGCAGUUAGUCUUGUUGCGGCGCUACAGCUAGCAGCUAUUUUCAAGUUGGCUGAAAAGAAUCAGGAGAAGCUAGACUACGCGACAUGGACUGCCGAGAUGGAAAACAUCAGAGCUAGAUCUAACUAUAAUCUUGGUAAUUCUGCGGAUGACCGAGUAUCACGAUUCUUGGCGGCCCGUAAUAGCAGCGGUUACUACGACAAUUAUCGUAACAAACCAUUAGCAUUACCUGAACCAAGGUCUGAAAAAUAG